AUGAAUCUCUGGUUAUGCACCCUUUCGUUGAUUCCGCUGGUGGACGCAUGGACUUUCCUGUACACCAACUCGACCGGAAACGCCACCAUCCUGCAUGACACUGGAACAGACAACUGCACAUCAAUCGACCUAGCUGGGGGGAAAUUCUUCUCUUGGGACCCCGAGGAUUCGGGUCUUUGUAUCUCGAUAUAUUACGAUUCUUCGUGCAAAGAACGAGGAGGCCUCUCCUGUAACGCUUGGAGCAAGAACGCGAGUACAACAUUCCACGGCGUCCAAAUAUAUUCCGAGUCAGAUUCGUCUUCCGCGUCUGUUUCCACCUCGACUCCAACUCCCACAACAUCUGCAUCCAGCUCCACCUCAACUUCUACUUCCACUUCAACUACCCUCUCUACGUCAACACCGACGACUCCUACCUCCACAGCCACAUCCACAAACUCUGCAACUGCGGGCAGUGGCUCUUCAUCCUCCAUCUCAGGCGGUGCGAUUGCUGGCAUCGUGAUUGGAGUCGUGGCUGCAGUAGCCAUUAUCGGAGGGCUAUUCUUCUAUUUUGGACGCCGAAACCGCAAGAACGCGAGUACACCCGCUGGUAAUCAGCAAUCUGGCCCGGCAUCUGGCUCGAUGCCUGGAGAGCCACAUGGCCCAUAUUCUCCACAGGCACCAAUGCUAGUAGCUGGAUAUGCACAGCCGCCAUAUACAGACAACUCAGAUAAGGCUCCUAACUCCUCGAGCGGCAUGUCAUCAGUACGCCCCGCUCCGGGAUCUCGAGUUGUGGAACUAGCAGGACACGACCGGGCGGUUGAGCUGGGUAAUAGCCCAAUCAGUGAGCUUGAUGGUCAGACGUCGGAGAAGUACUCUUAUCGAUUUUAA